UUCCCCGGGCCGCACCGCCGAGUUUUCGGAGAUCACGGUGCAUGUCGCAGUCACCUGCCUGCGCAUGCGGGUAGGCGUCCUGUGGCUGUGGCCCGCUUGCACACACUACUGCUCAGACAGAAAACGAGGGGCGUCCGGCCCCUCCGCAGCUCACCGACCCAGCGGCUCUGCCCCUCUCUCUCGGUGACGGGGCUUGCUCAGAACAUGUGCUUUGCCACGCCUGGUCCACUCUCCUGCUGUCCCUCAGAGGACGGGACCCGGCUCCAACGGCCUGGGAGCACAGCUCAAGAGUCAAAGCAAUAAGGUUAUUUUUGGAGCUCCCGAGGCACGAAUUACACUCCGUGACCGCAGCGGCAGCCGCAGCAGGCAGCCCGCGCCCUGGGGCACAUCUGAGCACGGCUCGCCCGGCGUCCACCCCCCCCCACGUCGGAGCGUGUCCAUCGCAUCGAGGGCAGCACCGGGCCGCGGGCGUCUGUGCAGACGAGGAGCCAGUCUCAGGCUGACCUGUAAGCGGCGGCCGCGGUAGUAAGCUAUUUCGGUCGUUUCCUCCGCUCUUACAAGGUGAACUAGCGAGCCCUCUCCACAGGAAGACUUCACAACCUCGUUCCCAACAUAGCAAGUUAUUUAUUCCGGCGCAGCCCGGCGGGAGCGAGCGGGAGCAGCCUCGCAGGCGCGGCGGGAGCAGCAGAGGGAGGCGGCCGAGCGCCCGGCCGGCAUCCCCACCGCGGACCCAGCCUCCAGGCGAUGCCCCUCUUCGGCUGGAUGAAGUGGCCCCGGCACAGCCCCUGGCGCGCGGCGCGGGGCGCGGAGGCCGUGGCCAGGACGCUGCUGCGGGAGCUGCAGUGGCACCUGCAGGAGCGGGAGCGGUUCGCACAGGAGGUGGGCCACGGGCACCACGGGGCUGGCGCGGGGGAGGACGACCCCUGGCUGAGGACCCACCUGAACCCCCACACCGCCAUCCCCGCUACUGAGCAAAGGCGGCUGGAAGCGCUCUGCUCGCGAGUGCAGCCCUGCCAGGCGGGAGCCGUUCUCAGCAGGUUUAGAGACGUCCUGGCAGAAAAUGAUGUGCUGCCCUGGGAAAUCAUCUACAUCUUCAAGCAAGUCCUGGAGGACGCCCUGGGGGGCCCUGGGCAAGGCGGGCAGCUGGGCCUGGCAGCGGGGAGUGCGGGGGGCCCCACUCUCCCUGCGUGCCGGAGGGACAGCGCCCGGAGCUCAGACCAGGACGAGAUCCCCACGGUGUCCAGCUACGUGGAGCGGCAGGCAGAAAGCAGGCUCCCCACGCUCUCGCACAGGACGUGGGACCUGCCGGACCACCCCCCGCCCCGCUAGGCUGCUGGCCAGAGGCACGCAGGACCAUGGCGGUCCGAGCUUAACCUUCAGAAGGUGACGUGACCCCUCCCCCACUCUCUCUGCUGUGAGGUCAAAGUUAAGGCCCAUGAGGGCGUGUCCUGCUUAGAGGGUGUUCCCUUUGAACCUCUCCAGCAGUGCGAUGUUCCUUUACUAAAAUCUUUCCUAAAUAUUUGGAAAAGAACAUGUGAAGUAUUUUCUUAUACCUCAAAGCCUCUCACAGGAAGAGAGGCACUUGUGCAGUAAGAGAUUUGACAGAUUCUGUGUGACACUCGGACAGCAACCUGCACUUUGAUGCUAAGAGGAAGCUACACACAGAACAA